AUCGAUUCGGCGUUGGAAAGGCGAUACCCGACAGAGAGAAAAGUUUCCUGAGGGAAAUGAACGCGCUGUGAAAACUACGGUGUCCGGUACAGGUGAGGGACCAGACGGUUUGCUAAGACCUUCGUCUCCAGGAACGGUCAGCCCAACCGGCUACAGCAGCCAUGGACCUAAAGGAGCGCAGACACCGCUCUCUGACCCGCGGCCGCUGCGAGAAAGAGCUUCAGUUCACCACCUCUUCUUUGGACAGCGAGGAGUGCCGCGUGCCCACCCAGAAAUCCUAUAGCUCCAGCGAGACGCUCAAGGCUUUUGACCAUGAGGGCCGUCUACCCUAUGGAGGCUGUGUGACUGACUUAGUGCACCAUGAAGCAGACGAAUACUCCAGACAGGGAGGGGGGAACUUCACUCUGGCUGAGUUGGGGAUCUGUGAGCCAGCCCCCCAUCAGAACGCCUACUGCCCAGACCUGGGGCUACUACAUGGCUACUCUCUGAGCGCUGGCUCUGAUGCAGACUCGGACCCAGAGGGCCCUAUUUCUCCAGAGAGAGCCAUGCAGCUAUGGAGCGCCCGAGACAUCAAAUCCCGCCGUAGUUCUGGCCUGUCUAGCCGUGAGAACUCAGCAUUGACCCUCACCGACUCUGAGAACGACAACAAGUCUGAUGAUGAAUCAGGUCGUCCCCUCCCUCCCUCCACUGCCUCGUCCAGCCUGCUGCCCCCUGCCCCCUCCCCUCCCUCUGCCCCCCUCCACUCAGCCCCACCCACCAUCAGGGAGUGCCAGGUGCCCCUGCUGGACAGCAGCUCCUCCCACACCAUGCUGGAGCCCCACCCAGAGGACCAAAUCUCCCCCAACUCAUACCUGCUCCGGGCCCAUAGUAGUAGUAGUAGUAGUAGUAGUAGUGGAGCUCCGAACCACCACAGCCAGUCGACGCUGCAGCCACCGCUGCCUCCGCCCCACAAUGCCCAUACACUGUCACACCACCAGUCCUCGGCCAACUCUCUCAACCGCAACACCCUGAGCGGCCGCCGCAACCCCAUCCAUGCUCCGCCGGCCGCACCGGGAGACGGCCCCACCACACCUGAGUCAGUGCAGCUGCAGGACAGCUGGGUGCUCAACAGCAACGUGCCUCUGGAGACCAGGCACUUCCUGUUUAAGACAUCAUCGGGGACCACGCCCCUCUUCAGCAGCUCAUCACCAGGUUACCCUUUGACUUCUGGCACGGUGUAUUCACCCCCACCACGACUUCUGCCCAGAAACACCUUCUCCCGAAGCGCCUUCAAACUGAAGAAGCCUUCGAAGUAUUGCAGCUGGAAAUGUGCAGCUGUGACAGCCAUCGCUGCUGCCGCCCUGCUGGCCAUCCUGCUAUCCUACUUUAUUGCUAUGAACCUGUUGGGGCUGAACUGGCAGCUGAAGCCUGUGGAUGGUCCAAUGCUGAACCACGGUCUGGGCACUGGCCUGCCUGGCAGUACAGAAGAGGCAGCAGUGCCCCCUGGAGGCAGAGGUCCGUGGGCAUUUCGGAACAGCAGCAUAGAUACAGGCGACCUGGAAGUGGGACGGCGGGUGACUCAGGAGGUCCCGCCAGGGGUAUUCUGGAGGUCCCUGCUCCAUCUCAGCCAACCACAGUUUCUCAAGUUCAACAUCUCACUGGGCAAAGAUGCUGUUUUUGGUGUCUAUAUACGCAAAGGCCUUCCCCCAUCCCAUGCACAGUAUGACUACAUGGAACGCUUGGACGGCAAGGAGAAAUGGAGUGUGGUGGAGUCUCCUCGAGAGAGACGCAGUAUUCAGACGGUGGUGCUGAACGAGGCUGUGUUUGUGCAGUACCUGGAUCUGGGCACGUGGCAUCUGGCCUUUUACAAUGACGGCAAGGAGAAAGAGUCUGUGUCCUUCAGUACGGCAAAACUGGACUCUGUGCAAGAGUGCCCACGAAAUUGCCAUGGCAACGGCGAGUGCGUGUCAGGAGUGUGUCACUGCUUCCCCGGCUUCCAUGGCAUGGACUGCUCGAAAGCUGCAUGUCCAGUGCUGUGCAGUGGUAAUGGGCAGUAUGAUAAAGGCUCAUGUAUCUGCUACAGUGGCUGGAAAGGACCGGAGUGUGAUGUUCCAGUCAACCAGUGCAUCGACCCCCAAUGCGGCGGGCACGGUUCCUGCACAGAGGGGACCUGCGUCUGCUCACUGGGCUACAAGGGAGAGAACUGCGCUGAAGUAGACUGUCUGGACCCGACCUGCUCCAAUAAUGGCAUCUGUGUGAGCGGUGAGUGCCACUGUAAGCCUGGCUGGGGCGGAGCACACUGUGAGCUGCCCAGAGCUCAGUGCCCUGACCAGUGCCAUGGCCACGGAGCCUUCAUCCCAGACACAGGCCUCUGCAGCUGUGACCCCAACUGGAUGGGUCCUGACUGUUCCGUAGAGGUGUGCUCGGUGGACUGCGGCACUCACGGCGUGUGUAUGGGUGGCUCAUGCCGCUGUGAGGAGGGCUGGACGGGCGAAGCGUGUGACCAGCGUGUGUGUAACCCACUAUGUGUGAAGCAUGGCACCUGCAAGGACGGCAAGUGCGAGUGUCAGCAGGGCUGGAACGGAGAGCACUGCACCAUUGAUGGCUGUCCCAAUCUGUGUAACGGCAAUGGCCAGUGCACCAUGGGCCAGAACAGCUGGCACUGCGAGUGCAAAACGGGCUGGAGGGGCACCGGCUGCAGCGUCGCCAUGGAGACAUCCUGUGCAGACAACAAAGACAAUGAAGGAGAUGGACUGACCGACUGCAUGGACCCAGACUGCUGCAUCCAGAGCCCGUGCCAGAAUAGCCCACUGUGCCGGGGCUCUAGAGACCCCCUGCAGGUCAUCCAGCAGAGCCAGUUGCCUGUUCAGAAGGUCCGCUCCUUCUACGAGCGGGUCAAGAUGCUGGUGGGCCGUGACAGUACACAUAUCAUUCCAGCAGAAAACCCCUUCAAUGCCAGUUUGGCAUCCCUGAUCAGAGGCCAGGUGCUGACCACAGAUGGAACCCCCCUGGUAGGGGUCAACGUGUCCUUCGUCAAAUAUCCUCACUAUGGGUACACUCUCACACGGCAAGAUGGAACUUUCGACCUCAUCGCUAAUGGAGGCGCCUCUCUCACACUUCAUUUCGAGCGUGCCCCAUUCCUAAGCCAGGAGCGCACAGUGUGGCUACCGUGGAACAGCUUCUACGCCAUGGACACACUAAUGCUGAAGACAGAAGAGAAUACCAUUCCAGGCUGUGACCUGAGCGGCUUUGUCCGGCCUGACCCGGUGGUGGUGGCCUCACCCCUAUCCUCCUUCUUCAGCUCCAGGCCUGGAGAAAGAUCCAUCAUCCCGGAGACUCAGGUUCUUCAUGAGCAGAUUGAGAUUCCAGGCACCACUUUGAAAUUGUGUCACCUGAGCUCACGGACGGCAGGCUACCGUUCCUUGCUAAAGAUCACCAUGACCCAGGCAGUGGUGCCCCUCAGCCUGGUCAAGGUGCACCUGAUGGUGGCGGUAGAGGGUCAUCUCUUCCAAAAGUGGUUCCAUGCUUCACCCAACCUGGCAUAUACCUUCAUCUGGGACAAAACUGAUGCUUAUGGCCAGCGAGUCUAUGGCCUGUCUGAGGCAGUGGUCUCAGUGGGCUAUGAGUAUGAGACUUGUCCUAGCCUGGUGUUGUGGGAAAAGAGGACAGCGGGACUGCAGGGAUAUGAACUGGAGCCCUCUAACCUUGGUGGAUGGUCUCUGGACAAACACCACAUCCUCAACCUCCGCAGUGGCAUCCUCCAUAAAGGCAGCGGGGAGAACGUGUUUGUGUCCCAGCAGCCCCCGAUCAUCACCAGCAUUAUGGGUAAUGGGCGUCGGCGGAGUAUCUCGUGCCCGAGCUGUAACGGGUUGGCAGACGGGAAUAAGCUGUUGGCUCCAGUGGCGCUAGCAGCAGGCAUUGAUGGCAGCCUGUAUGUGGGUGACCUGAAUUUUGUGCGGAGGGUAUAUCCAUCCCUCAACACCACUCGUGUGCUAGAGCUCAGAAAUAAGGAUUUUCGACACAGCAACAAUCCAACACACAAAUACUUCCUGGCAGUGGACCCGGUGACAGGAGCUCUGUUCAUUUCGGACACAAACUCUCGGAGGAUCUACCGAGUACGUUCACUCACUGGGGGCCGGCUGCUGGCUGACAAUGCCGAGGUGGUGGCAGGCACAGGAGAGCAGUGUCUGCCCUUUGAUGAACGCUGUGGGGAUGGAGGAAAAGCUGUGGAGGCCACUCUUAUGAGCCCAAAAGGUAUUGCAGUGGACAAGAAUGGGCUGAUGUACUUUGUGGAUGCCACCAUGAUCAGGAAAGUGGACCAGAAUGGCAUCAUCUCCACACUGCUGGGGGCUAACGACCUCACUGCAGUACGGCCACUCAGCUGUGACACUAGCAUGGACGUCAGCCAGGUGCGCUUGGAGUGGCCAACUGACCUGGCUGUGAACCCUAUGGAUAACUCACUCUACGUGCUGGAGAACAACGUCAUCCUGCGCAUCACUGAGAACCACCAGGUGAGCAUUGUAGCCGGGCGGCCCAUGCACUGCCAGGUGCCUGGCAUCGACUACUCCCUCAGCAAGCUGGCCAUCCACUCAGCACUAGAGAGCGCCACGGCCAUUGCCAUCUCACACACUGGGGUGCUCUACAUCGCCGAGACAGACGAGAAGAAGAUCAACCGUGUGCGGCAGGUCAGCACCAACGGCGAGAUCUCACUGCUAGCCGGUGCCACUUCUGAGUGCGACUGUAAGAAUGAUGUCAACUGCAACUGCUUCUCAGGUGAUGAGGGCUACGCCACGGACGCCAGCCUCAACUCGCCCACCUCGCUGGCCGUCUCACCUGAUGGUACAUUAUUCAUAGCCGACCUCAACAACAUCCGCAUCCGCGCUGUCCGCAGCAAUCGCCCAGCCAUGAACGCUGCCGGACGCUAUGAGGUGGCCUCACCACGGGAACAGGAGCUGUAUGUCUUCAGCGAGGAGGGACUUCAUCUGCAGACCGUCAGUUUGGUCAGUGGGAUGCCCCUCUACAAUUUCAGCUAUGGACCUGAUGGGGAGCUGGUCUCAGCUGUGGAUAACUGCAACAACACUCUGAGGGUGAGGAGAGAGGGGACAGGGCAGGGUGGAGCCGGGUUGCUCAGGCUGCUCCUGCUGCCUGAAAACCAGGUGGUCACUUUGGGGCUGGACCCAACAGGCAGCUUGCGUUCUGUCUCCGCUCUCAAUCGGGAGAUUGUGCAGCUCAGCUACAGCGGAGGCACAGGCCUGCUCGCCAGCAACGCGGAUGAGACGGGCUGGACCACUUUUUAUGAGUAUGACAGCGAGGGACGGCUCACCAACGUGACUUAUCCGACCGGAAUGGUGACCAGCCUGCACAGAGAGAUUGAGAAGUCCAUUAACAUAGACAUUGAGAGCUCCAACAGAGAUGACGACAUCACUGUCAUCACCAAUCUUUCAUCUGUGGAGGCCUCCUAUACUGUAGUGCAAGACCAAGUACGGAACAGCUACCAGCUGUGCAACAAUGGCACUCUGAGAGUGAUGUAUGCUAAUGGGAUGGGCAUCAGCUACCACACAGAGCCUCACAUUCUGGCUGGGUCAGUGAGCCCCACCAUCGGCCGCAGAAACAUCACCCUGCCUACUGAUAACGGCCUCAACUCCAUAGAGUGGCGACUACGCAAGGAGCUGACCAAGGGCAAGGUCACAGUGUUUGGCAGAAAACUAAGGGCACAUGGACGCAACCUGCUUUCCAUCGACUUUGACAGGAACACGCGGACAGAGAAGAUCUAUGAUGACCACAGGAAGUUCACCUUAAGGAUCACGUAUGAUGCACAGGGAAGGCCUGCCAUCUGGCAGCCCAGCAGCAGCCUGGCUGUGGUCAACGUGUCCUACUCCACCACAGGCCAGCUGGUGGGCUUACACCGUGGCAGCAUGAGUGAGAGGACCGAGUUUGACCCACAGGGCCGCAUCCUUUCCCGCUCCUUUGUGGACGGGAAAGUGUGGAGCUACAGCUACUUAGAUAAGUCAAUGGUGCUCCUUCUUCAGAGUCAGAGACAGUACAUCUUUGAGUUUGAUUCAUCUGAUCGUAUCACUGCAGUCACAAUGCCCAGCGUGGCCCGGCACACCAUGUUUACACACGUCUCCAUCGGCUACAUCCGGAACACUUACAACCCCCCUGAAAGCAAUGCCUCCGUUAUCUAUGACUUCAGUGAGGACGGCCGCCCACAGGCCACAUACUUCCUGGGUACGGGGCGCCGCGUCCUUUACAAGUAUGGCAAGCUAGCCAAGCUUUCUGAGAUACUGUAUGACAGCACAGCUGUCACCUUUGGCUAUGAUGAGACUGCUGGUGUACUCAAAAUGGUCAAUCUGCAAAGUGGAGGCUUCUCCUGUACGAUAAGAUAUCGUAAAAUGGGCCCCCUAGUGGACAAACAAAUCUAUCGCUUUUCUGAAGAAGGAAUGGUGAACGCCCGUUUUGACUACACCUACCAUGACAACAGUUUCCGCAUAGCCAGCAUGAAGCCGGUAAUCAGUGAGACACCUUUGCCUGUGGAUCUGUAUCGCUAUGACGAGAUCUCCGGCAAGGUGGAGCACUUUGGAAAGUUUGGUGUCAUCUAUUAUGACAUCAAUCAAAUCAUUACGACAGCUGUGAUGACACUCAGCAAGCAUUUUGACGCGCAUGGCCGUAUCAAGGAAGUGCAGUACGAGAUCUUCCGUUCACUCAUGUACUGGAUGACAGUGCAGUAUGACAACAUGGGUCGGGUGAUCAAGCGAGAGCUAAAGAUUGGCCCGUACGCUAACACCACACAGUACCGUUAUGAGUACGAUGGUGAUGGGCAACUCAGUGGUGUCAAAGUGAACGACUGGUCCACAUGGCGCUACAGCUAUGACCUCAACGGCAAUCUGCACCUGCUAAAUCCUGGCAACAGUGCCCGGCUCAUGCCGCUACGCUAUGACCUACGUGACCGGAUCACGCGUCUGGGCGACGUGCAGUACCGUUUGGACGAGGACGGCUUCCUCAGCCAGAGGGGCUCAGACAUCUUUGACUACAACUCCAAAGGCCAGCUGGUGCGAGCGUACAGCCGUGGGGCCGGAGGCUGGAGUGUGCAGUACCGUUACGAUGGCCUGGGCCGGAGGGUCUCCACCAAGAACAGUCUGGGCCAGCACCUGCAGUUCUUCUACGCUGACCUGAACAACCCAGUGCGGGUCACGCAUGUGUUCAACCACUCCAGCUCGGAGAUCACCUCACUGUACUACGACCUGCAAGGCCAUCUGUUCGCCAUGGAGGUGAGCAGUGGGGAGGAGUAUUACAUUGCCUCAGACAACACGGGCACUCCACUGGCUGUCUUCAGCAGCAACGGGCAGAUGAUCAAGCAGGUGCAGUACACGGCGUACGGUGAGGUGUACCACGAUUCCAACCCCGAGUUCCAGCUGGUUGUCGGCUUCCACGGCGGGCUCUAUGAUUCGCUGACCAAGCUAGUGCACUUCACGCAGAGGGACUAUGAUGUAUUAGCUGCCAGAUGGACAUCACCGGACUACACCAUGUGGCAAAAGAUUGGCAAGGACCUGGCACCAUUUAACUUGUACAUGUUCAAGAACAAUAAUCCUCUCAGCGAUAUGCUGGACGUGAAGAAUUAUGUUACAGAUGUAAAAAGUUGGCUAGUGAUGUUUGGCUUCCAGCUAAGUAACAUCAUCCCUGGUUUCCCUAAACACACACUGUACUUUGUGGAUCCGCCAUAUGAGCUACUUGAGAUCCAGGAGUGUGAGAAUGGCCAACUGAUGACUGGAGUCCAGCAGGAGGCUGAGAGGCACAACCAGGCCUUCAUGGCGCUGGAAGGCCAGCUGCUCAAUAAGGAACGGCGGGCUAAGCGCGACAAACCAGGCCACUGGUUUGGCACCAGCACGCCCAUCAUUGCGCGCGGCGUGAUGUUUGCUGUGAAGGAGGGCCGUGUCGUAACAGGGGUGUCCAGCAUGGCUAGCGACGACAGCAGGAAGGUGGCACUGGUGCUCAACAGUGCCAUCUACCUAGAAGGCACGCACUACAUGCAAGAUGGCCGUGACUGUCACUUCUUUGUGAAGAUCGGCUCAGCUGACGGCGACCUGUUGGCACUGGGCCUCACCAAUGGGCGCAAGGCGCUGGAGAGCGGCAUCAAUGUGACAGUGAGUGGACGUUCACGGCGUGGUGUCACCGUGGAGUUCCGAGCACCAGCGCUGGCCCUGAGCAUUCGCUAUGGGCUUGCUGCGGAUGUGCUUGAUGAGGAGCGUGGCCGCCUGCUUGAGCUGGCCAGGCAGCGGGCACUGGCAGGAGCCUGGCUGAGAGAGCAACAGAGAGCACGGGACGGGAAAGAAGGCAGCCGCUUAUGGACUGAGGGAGAAAAGCAGCAGCUGCUCUCCACAGGGAAAGUGCAGGGCUAUGACGGGUAUUACGUGCUACCCGUGGAACAAUAUCCCGAACUGGCGGACAGCAGCACCAACAUCCAGUUUCUGAGACAGAAUGAAAUGGGGAAGAGGUAACAGAACAAAGGUCUCUUUCUUUUGAUCUCUUUUUUUUCUCCUUUUUCUCUUACUUUUCUGUCCUUCGCUGUACGCUCUUUCUCUCUCUGUCUCUCUCUUACCCUUCUUCUCUUUCCUGUAUCUCCUUUACCCACGGAGAAUAAAUGAACUUAUGGGGUAACUCUCUGAACGCUGCAGGGACUUUUAAAAAGAACAUUAUUAAUACUGCCACUGGCAAAAAAUAACAAUUUCAAAGACCUUGUCUUUGUUUUUGAACAAUGGACUUCAAAAAGCACUGAUAAACUGCAAACAAAACAGAACAGCUGUUGCAAAAGUAUGAAAAAUCCCAUUUUUAAAAAAGAAUAGCUAUUUUUUGCCCAUAUUUUUGGGUUCUGAGAGGAUGUUGGUGCCAGAUGGUACUUCAUGUUCCUGUGUGAUCCACAUCGGAAGGGAGAGAGCUCUCUCGAAUUGCCACAGAGGCCCAGUCGAAACAUCAACACUGCGCAAAAUGUGCAACAGUGCGCAGCAUCUGCAAAGUGGAAUAUCGGUCUCAGGCCUCACAUUCUCAACAGAAGGACUGCCAACUGCUGCUGUGGCAAGUCCCAUAAGCCACAAACUGCUCUAAAGUCCUUGAAGAAACCAGAACUCCAAGAAAAGAAAUGAUUUUUAAAAAAAACUAAAAAAAAAAUAUGGCUAUAUUUGCGUAAAAUCAAUGUCAAAACAUAGUUUUGUUUUAUCACUGGAAGAUUAGGAUAAUAUCUACGUUGUGUCAGAUUACACUGAAGUUCAGGGUGGGCUUAGAUGCGAUAGUUUUGUAUGUCUCAGUUGCAGUAGAAUUGUGAGACUCUCACCAGGGCACUUCUGUACAGAAACAUCAGAAAAAGGAAACAAUAACUCAUGCUAUCACGUUUAAAAGUCGUUAGUAUCAGAAACUAUUUAUUUUUAUUUUAUGCUUGUUUUUUUAAAUUAUUUAUUAUUAUUAGUACUCUAUGACAAUCAUGAAGGAGUCACCAUUUUUAGCUACGCAAACGAACACUGGUGGAGUAUUUUCUUUUGUACAAUAUGUAAGAAAUGUUCAUUAAGUUUUUAUAUUAAUUUUGAUUUGCUUAAGCAAAUUAUAGUCAUAGACAAAAAUAAUUUAUGUAAAGUGUUUUAAAAUGAUUUAUACUUUAAAUAAAGUUUAAAACUGUGAAACUUGUUUUUCGAAAUAUAUCUGUAUGUACAGUGUAUAGAUUUACCUUUAUGCAGCACAGUAGAAUAUUGUUCAUAAUAUCAAGUUUUAUAUUUCUAACAAAAGGUGGCUUGUAAUGUGCAAACCUAUAGCUGGUAUAACGACACUAGGGUUUUGUGACACUCAAAUAUCCCAGAUAAACAAUAUUGAUCCCCAGUUUGAUGUUUUGUUUGUUUAGUUUUGUUUUUAUGCAGAAAAAUUGCUGUACUAGAACCCAAAACCGUAGAAAUGGAUUCUAUCCACUGUGAAGAGACUCAUUAUGGAUGUCAUUAUGUACCAAAUCAGUAUUGAGGGAUUCUUACACUUAAGCAAGACUCUUCUGAGACCUUAUCAAUAAAAAGUUUACUUCAAGUGA